AUGGCCACCUUUGAUGAUUUAUCUAGCAAAAUCGAACAAGUAGUAUUUAAAUGUUUGUCUUAUCCUCAGGAAGAUAUGGAAGAUAAUAUUCGGAAAUUACUGACACCUCUUGUUAAUAAUAAAGAGACUCUUGAACUACGGAAAUUAACGCUAGAGCAUGUAAUUAAAAAAAUAGCAAUGAGAUAUUCGACACUCCAACCUAAUGAGUUAAUACCGAAUGCUUUUAAACUUUUAGAUUUAGUAUUAAGAUGUCACGAAGUAGAUAAAGAAUUAUGUGAACCUACUUUAACUCUUACGAUUUUGGAAGAGCUUUUGGAAACUCAACCAAUGGAAGUUUGCGAAACAUUGUACCAAUUCUUAGAGACUAAUAAGCAGAGGCUAUUAGUGGAUCUAAAACCGACACAGGGUAAAGGGUUGGUUCUGUUAAGAUUAUCUAAUGAACUUAUUCGCCGAGCUUCAAAAUCUAAUCACAACGCGUUCCGUGGAAGAGUAUUAAUCUUUUUGUCAAAUUCUUACGCCCUUGGCGAACGUUCUGGUGUAAAUGUUCGUGGAGAGUGUAAUAUUGAAAAUGUAACGAGCUAUAAUGCGUUACAAGAAGGCGAAAAGGCCGAAUUUUAUAAUACCUUUUGGAACCUUCAGACUUAUUUUAAUAAUCCACCAAAAAUUUUCGAUGGUAAUAAUUUAAAUAUAGUUCUUGAAAAAAUGGAAGUAGUCUUAAUUCAAUUUAAUGAAAUUUUGUCCAAUGAAAAGAAAAAAGCUGUAGUAGAAAAUAAAGGGAAUGCUAUGGAAGUUGACGGGGAAAAUGAUAUCUCAAAGUCAAAAGAUGAAAAUAAUUACAAUGCAUCGAUCAAAAGAAAACAUCAUGAAACCGAUGAUUGUUUAGAGGAAACGAUAAGUUUAGCAAAGGAUUACGUUAAAUAUUUUCCCAAAUAUUUGACGAGUUACGCAUUAUUUGACAAGGAGAUAUCAGAUCCCAACUUCCGUCGCAUAGUUUUAUUCCAAUUCCUUAUAAUAUUACAGUAUUUUACAGGAUUUUAUCCUGAAGAGCGCGCUCGUAUUGAAGAAACGAGAGCAACAUAUAAUACUGCUAAUGCUGUACAACUUCCUAACUUUACAAUAACUGAACAGCAGGUAAUACAAGAAACUUGGAAUCGAAUAAUCGAGCAGCUCAAUGAGAGCACUCCGGAGGGAAGUAAAUUCACUACUACACUACUCCAUAUACUCAAUAUGGAAAAGAGAUGGAAUCAUUGGAAGUUUGGUCAAAAUUGCGAAAGUGUCGCAAAAAAAUUCGUUGAAAAGGUACCUGAUGAUGAUAGAAAAUCAACGUCUUUUUCUAAGUUUGGUUUAGCACGAGAAAAAAGAAUGAAAUUAUGUAAAAAUUUGGAACCUAUGAAAUGGAAGAUGGGAACUCCUCAUUUAACCAAGCUAUGGACAAAUACAAUGAAAGUUUGUGAUGAAAAAAUAUUAUCAGAUUCAACCAGAAAGAGGGCUGCACCUACUUUUCAAGACGUUUACCAGAGAAUCAAAGAUGAUGGUUACCCGCCGGAAAUUGGACUGACAUUUGAUGAAAACGACUAUGAGUUCGAUAGAGAAGAAAAAGAAAAAGGCUGGGUACAAAAAUGGUUCGCGUUACGAGCCGCUAGAAAUAAUUACUUGUUGCAUUUUAAUAAACCAGCUAAGAAAGAUGCAAAAGAAUUGAAAGAUCCAAAAGUUGUUAGUGCGUUAAAAGAAGCAGAAGAAUGUAAAGAUGAAAUUGCUGUUUUGAAUAUUUUAAUAACUGAAAAUCCUACAUGUAGUAGUGGUACUAGUAGUAAAAAACAACCACCAACUGAAUCUGAGAAUACCGAACAAAAGAAUGGAGAUCAUAAAAAUAGUGUUGAUCAGAAGAACAGCGAACAUAAAAAUGGAGCUCAUAGAAACGGGGAUAAUCUUCCCGUAGAGCAAAAAAACGGAGAACAGAAUAGAGUUGAACUGAAGCAUGUAGAACAAAAUAAUAUUGAUAUGAAGGAAUGA